GAAUCUGUUGCGUUGCGGUGAUGAGGCACGCGAUGUUGGGCUCCUGGACAAGGCGCAGAAACAUAUUUUACGCUUGGAAUUAAACGCAUGCGCAGAGGGGUACCCCACUGCUUUGCGCUGCCAAGGAGAAGCAGUCAGAUGUGCUCGAACCAAAUAUCACCUGGAUUCUGGCAUUCAUGGUGACACACUCUUCCUCUGUGGUUUAUGGGUUCGGAGUGGCUGGAGAAGAGGAAGAGGCAGAUGCAGGUUCACCAGGAGGCGGCCGCCACCGUCCUGCAUGCACGCGACGCCAUGCGCAAGACGCCUCCCAACAACGCGUCCAACGCGUGCUGCUUCUGCUGGUGCUGCUGCUGCAGCUGCUCCUGUCUGACAGUUCGCAGCGAUGAGGAGACGGUCCCGAGAGGUCUCGAGCGGAGAACAGACGUCUUGGCCGUGUGUGACGACAGCCCUAAGCCCACCCUGGAGGAUGCUCGAUCAUGGUCCAUGUCCUUCGAGCGUCUGAUGAAGAGCGCGGCUGGGCGAGGGUGUUUCCGGCAGUUCUUGCGGACGGAGUUCAGCGAGGAGAACAUGAUGUUCUGGCUGGCCUGUGAGGAGCUGAAGAAGGAGACCAACAAGACGGUGGUGGAGGAGAAGGUGCGGCAGGUCUACGAGGACUUCAUCUCAAUCCUGUCCCCUAAAGAGGUGAGUCUUGACUCACGGGUCCGAGAGGUGAUCAACCGCAACAUGCUGGACCCCACCUCCCAUACCUUCGAGGACGCCCAGAAGCAGAUCUACACCCUGAUGCAGCGGGACUCGUACCCACGCUACAUGAACUCCUCCGCCUACACAGACCUGCUCAAGGACCUGGAGGAGCCCAAGACUGAGCCCUAGGGGGUCCCAGGUUAGGGCACCUAGUCCCCCGCACCCCCUUAUGUUGUGAGUAGACGGGUAGAACAAUAGCUAGCACUCUACUGGUGUUAACUCCCAUGAUGCACUAGAGAUGGGUUCAUUCAAUAGAUCAGGAUAUUCCAAACAUAGGGCUCCGCAGAAAAUGCUGUGUUGUUUUCUCAUCAGGGCUGGGCCAACUAACCGCUAAUUGUGCUCCACAGGGAGCCCCAACAAACGAUCCUUGGUUAAUUGAAAACAAUCCAUGUACAAAGAAUGAGGUCAACUUUUAUGAGUCAAAGUGGUAAGUUGACAGGGUUGACACUCACGUUUGUCAGGGUUGACACUCACGUUUGUCAUUUAAACCCGGCAAUUCUUUCAUUUGGAUGGACCUUUCAGACGCACUGUUUCUGGCACCUUCCAAAAAUGAAUAUGACAAGUCGAUAAAAAAGCUGAUAGAACGCUCAACAGACACAGGAUGGAUACGGUAAAGGGGUCAGAAAGACUGGAUACAGGAUCAUCUAGUGAUCAGGGUAUUUGACUCCAAGCCUCUACCUGUAGGUCUCUGAGAGCGACAUACCCCCUGAGCCCUACCUGGUCCUAAACGACCUGUCUCUGUUCUGUUUAACCCCCUCCCUGCAGAAUAAUGACAUAUUUCUGUACUGUCUAACCCCUACCUGCUCCGUAAUGACCUGUCUCUGUAAUUUCUAACCCCUACCUGCUCCUUAACGGCAUGUAUCUGAAGUAGCUUUAGAUAAAAGAGCCUGAUUAAUGACUUAAAACGUGAAAUAGUAAAUAGACAUAAACAUGCACUUGUGAUACAAUGCAUGUAGGAUAUCAGACUAAGCUGAUGUUUACGGUUUCUUUCAGUUUGAUUUGUGAAAACAGGAGUAACAAAAGGAUAGUCCAACAGUGCAUAUUAAUAUUAUGUGUCGGAAAAUCAUCACAUAUGUGUCAGUUUUAGGGCCGUCAAGGUAGAACUAUAUUUCAGUUUCAGGACAUCUUGAAGUUUGUAAUCAAGGUUGAGAUUACAGUAGUGAUGGUUUAGUGUAGGUUUGAGGUUAUGGUUCGGGUAAGGUUAAAGUCAGAAGGGAGCAAUGCAUCAUGGGAAAUUAACCACCAGAUAAGUCUGUCUGGUUUUAUCUAAAUAGAUUGGAGAAGAGAAUCCACCCUAAUUACACUCUUUAUCCAGGGGUAACUUCUGACAGCUCACCAAACCACUUGAGGUGCCCGGCUAGAACCAGUUCAAACCUGUUACAAAAGAACCUCCUA